UUUUUCAUGUGCCUUUCCUUGAGCCACGCCCUUUUGCUCUUUAAUCACUUUCCCCCCGCUGUUUGCAUUUGUUUUCUUUCACUCUCUUCUACGAUUCUUGCUCCUGCAGAUCUGCCACCCACUGCAGGGGAAGCUCUCUUCUGCUCUUCAUCCCAUUAUUAAUACCUUCCAAGUAGGGUCUUUAAUUUAUGUUUAUGUGAAAUGGGGAUCAUCUCCAGGAAGAUCUUCCCAGCUUGUGAAAGCAUGUGUGUGUGCUGUCCUGCUUUGAGGUCAAGAUCUCGACAACCUGUUAAGCGUUACAAGAAAUUAUUGUCUGAAAUAUUCCCCAAGUCUCCUGGUGCUCCUCCAAAUGAAAGGAAAAUUACGAAGUUAUGUGAAUAUGCUGCGAGAAAUCCUUUCCGAAUUCCAAAGAUUGCCAAGUACCUUGAAGAAAGAUGCUACAAAGAGCUGCGCUAUAAGCAUGUCAAAUUCAUCAAUAUCGUUAUAGAGGCUUACAACAAGUUGCUUUGCAUGUGCAAGGAACAGAUGGCAUAUUUUGCUGUUAACUUGCUGAAUGUUGUUAGCGAACUGCUUGAUAACUCUAAGCAAGAGGCUACACAGAUCCUUGGAUGCCAAACUUUGACAAAGUUUAUCUAUAGUCAGGCAGAUGGAACUUACACGCAUAACAUUGAAAAAUUUGUUCAUAAAGUGUGUAAAUUGGCACAUGAGGAUGGGGAAGAACAUCUAAGGAGUUGCUUAAGGGCAUCAAGCUUGCAGUGCCUUUCUGCCAUGGUCUGGUUCAUGGCACAAUAUUCAUAUAUUUUUUCUGCUCUUGAUGAGAUUGUACAUGCUACUUUAGAUAACUAUGAGCUAGACACACAUGCUGAAGAUGAUGAUGAGAGAGGAGAGCCCCAUCGUAACUGGGUGGAUGAAGUGGUUCGAUGUGAGGGUAGAGGUGCAACUGUUGCCUGUGAUGCCAGCCCUAGCAACAUGAUUAUCAGGCCUCAACCUGAGAAAAAGGAUCCCUCUCUUUUGACAAGGGAAGAGAUUGAGACACCUAAAGUUUGGGCUCAAAUUUGUAUUCAAAGAAUGGUUGAGCUGGCAAAGGAGAGUACAACAUUGCGCCUAGUAGUGGAUCCAAUGUUUGUGUACUUCGACUCUAGACAGCAUUGGGUUUCUCAACAGGGGUUGGCAAUGGUGGUUUUGUCUGAUAUGUCCUACUGGGAGGCUUCAGGGAACCAACAACAUGUUUUAGCUGCUGUUGUACGUCAUCUAGACCACAAAAAUGUCGCACAUGAUCCUCAACUAAAAUCUUAUAUCAUACAAGUUGCAGCUGCUUUAGCUAGGCAAAUUAGAUCUAGAAGGAUGCUGGCUGAAAUUGGUUUUGUCAGUGACCUAUGCAGGCAUUUAAGGAAAAGUUUCCAAGCCACACUGGAAUCAGUAGGAGAGCAGGACACUAACUUAAACAUCUUGCUUCAAAAUUCCAUUGAAGAUUGCUUGUUGGAAAUAGCAAAAGGGAUUGAUGAUGUAAGAUCCCUGUUCAAUAUGAUGGCAAUAUCACUGGAGAAGUUGCCUUCUUCUGGAUCUGUUGCUCGUGCAACGGUUGGAUCAUUGAUGGUCCUUGCUCAUAUGAUUUCAUUAGCAUUAGUCACCUCUCGCUCACAACAGGUGUUUCCGGAAGCACUUCAUGUCCAACUGAUGAAAGCAAUGUUACAUCCCAAUCUAGAGGUCCGUGUGGGGGCACACCAGAUAUUUUCAGCUCUUCUUAUUCCAAGUUCUUCCCGACCUCAACGUGAAGUUGCAUCUCUUUGUUCUGGUAAUGUCUACGAACCAAGAAGAUGGCGUUCCAACAAUGCUUCUGCAUUUGCAUCCAUAUCAGUGCUGCUUGAAAAGCUUCGAAGAGAAAAGGAUGGCAUCAAAAAGGAAAAGAAUGGUUUUAACAUUCAUGAUGAUUUAAAAGGAAAGGCCAAUAUGGAAGAUGGCCGGAAUCAAGGGCAUGUCCAUAAAAGUUCCCCUAAUAUCUACAAUAUAACCUCUAUUAUUGACAGAGCAGCCGGCCCAAACAUGAUUGAGGAACCUUAUAUCAUGAAGCUAACAGAGGAUCAGAUAAUGCAGUUGUUGUCUGCCUUCUGGAUACAGGCCACUCUUCCUGAUAAUUUGCCUUCAAACAUAGAAGCUAUAUCUCACUCUUUUGUGUUGACACUAAUUUCUUUACGCUUGAAGAAUGUUAAUGAUAACCUUGUGGUCCGCUUCUUCCAGCUUCCCUUAUCUUUAAAGAAUACCUCCUUGGACCUUAGCAAUGGGAUGUUGACUCCAGUACUCCAAAGAUCAAUUCUUAUACUAUCAAUGAGCAUGCUCAUGUUUGCGGCUAAGAUAUAUCAAAUUCCCAAUGAUCUCAUCAAGUCCAUAGUUCCAUUUGAUGCUGAUCCUUAUCUAGGCAUCAGUGAAGACAUUCAAGUCUUUGUGAGGCCUGAGGCAGAUCUAAGAGGUUAUGGAUCUGUUACAGAGAGCCAACAUGCUUCUUCUUUGCUUUUUGAGUUGCGGGAUAAAAUAUAUAAAUACGAGAAUGCCAUGAUGGAUGUUUUGGUCCAGAAUUUAUCUGCCAUUACUGAGCUGGGGAUGGAUGAUCUCAGGAAACAACUGCUUGAACCAUUCACUCCUGAUGAUGCAUUCACAUUUGUUCCGCAAUCUAUAUUUGAUUUGGAUCACCAUCAAAUGAUUACCCAUUCCAAAGAAUCACUUUCUUUUGAUGAGGAUGUUCAAACAAACUCAUUACUUGAGGAAGAUGCAAGAAGUGAAGCAUCUGUUCUUCACCAUUCCCGCUUCAAUCCCAAAGUGUCUGCAUCCCCUGCCAUCUCUCAUGUAAUUAGCAUUGGACAGCUCAUGGAAUCGGCUCUUGAGGUGGCUGGUCAAGUUGCAGCAACAUCUGUCUCAACAUCGCCCCUCCCGUAUGAUACCAUGGCUAGCCAAUGCGAAGCAUUUGGGACAGGUACAAGGAAGAAGCUCUCCAAUUGGUUGGCCCAUGAAAAUAAUCAAAAUGGAGCAGCUGAUAAAUUGUUACCAACAGUUAUGGCUGAUAGACGCACGAUGCUCAGCAAGAUAAGCAGCGAAGGUGUUUUUAGUGGGGCUGUCUCGUGGGUUGACCCAUGUUUGGCUAUGAGGUUGCCGCCUGCUAGUCCUUUUGACAACUUCCUUAAAGUAGCAAGGUAUUAAAGAGCGCUCACAUUAGCAUCUUAGGUGUUCAAGUUGUAAAGUUGUAGGUAGUGAGGUGAAAGUGUGUUGUAGAUUGAAAAUGAACUGAUAAAUUGAGACUUGAAGGCUUACAUGCCCAUCUAAUCCUUGUAAGAAACUUGUUCUAAAAAAGAAGCCUUGUUCAAAUUAA